AUGUUAUGUGAAAUCUUGCUAUGUUGUUCGUGGCUGUGCAAUACUUUUUAUUCUUUCAAUUUUGAGUAAUCCUCCAUAUAUAAUUUUGAAAGUUGUGUAUUUUUGUUGUUAUCACACUGCAAGGCAAAAAUAAAAUAUUGCAUGUUGUUUUCUCCGAUUAUGAUCAUCUCACUCAACAUAAUAUAAAUCUUGGAGAACUUCAGUCAGUAUUCCUUCAUUACAUUUGUCCUGCCAAUAGUAAUUUAUUAAUAGAACGACAAAGAGAUAUUCCUGAAGAGGUAUUUCAUGCUGAUCAAAGUGCUCCAUCUGCUAUUGCUGAUGCUUUAUUAUAGUUUGCAAGACAUCCAGAACGGAUAACCAGUGAUCCAGUUCCUGAUUGUAACUCUGCUGCUUCUAGCCAAAAACUACAAUCAAGAGAGGGAACUGAAGGCCACUCAGAACAAUACAACCAUAAUGGAGGAGACAUGCAACCUGAAGUUGCAUCUGGAACAUGGCAAAAUCAAUGAUACUACAAAUGGAAUAGUGGGUGUAAUUGUAUUAAAUGAAUAGUUCGAAACAAUUUAUUAGAAUAAAAAAUCAAUUCAUUUAAUAAAGGACAAAUCAAUAAAUGAACUAAUCAUGCAAUCCCCAACCCUAAUUGACAAACAAACCAAAUAAUUAUUGCAAGAAUAAUGCAACAUCAAGUUACAAUCAAUAUAAGACUUCCGAGAUUCCCUGAUAUCGACAACCUUAAAGGAAUUAUUAGACAGUAUCAAGUUAAAUCUCACUCUCCCUCAUCAGUUAGACGUGUAUGUUUUGCAAGGCUUUGAAGAAUUUUACUUUUAAAUUCUUAUCCUAAAGGAGAGUGACGAUAAAAUACUGUAUAAUGUGAUCUUCUAGCCAAUGUCAGACUAUACCUAUUUCAUCAAGAAGAAGCAUCAGUAGACAACAAUGAAACAACUAUUCAAGAGUUUUAGUCACGAGUUGAAUACUUCAUUGAAUUACAUAUUGGCACUAGCUCAAGUGGCUCAAUGUCAUGAGAAUGUGCCAAAAAUAGUAUCAGAGAAGUAUUUUCUACCGAUUUUGCAUUGUGGUCGAAUCAUGCAUAGUUUCAUCAGUGACAUUAUGGAUUACAAUCUAAUCUUAAGCAAACAGUUCAAUGUGGAGGUUAGCAAUUUUAACAUUCCACAAUUGAUAAGCGAAGUUGUUGAUCUCUUCAAAUACUAAAUAAAUCAGAAACAUCUUAAAAUUCAAUUCCAAAACAAUCUACUCAAUUAUGAUCUAGUCAGUGAUAGAAAUAGGAUAAGGUAAAUAUUGAUCAACUUGGUAUCCAAUGCUCAGAAGUUCACAUUUUCUGGUUAGAUCAAAAUAUAAGUGGGAGCAGUGAUUAAUAACAAAUAAUUGUGUGUCAUCUUCCAUGUAAUCGAUACAGGAAUAGGAAUGAAACAAGAAGAAAUAGAACGAUUGCAUCAACUGUUGUCAUCAGGCAUACCACAAUCAGCUAGAAUCUCACAAAAUACAGUAGGAUUUGGAUUGGGAUUAUACAUUUCCAACAAGAUUGCUGAAGUGCUAAGUCAAACUAGAUAUGAAAAGGGAGGAGGAUUGAGAUUCGAGUCAAAGUAUUAAUAGGGAUUUCAUGCUUGGUUCAUGGCCAGAAAUCAAUCAUUCAGUCCAGUCUAUUAAUAAAGUAAUCCUACACCCAUUGUUCGCAUUCGUAAGAAGAUCUAAAUAGAUACUAUGGAAUCGCAAAUCAGCAGAGUUAAUGCAUUGCCAAUGAGAUAGAAGUUUUCAUAGAUUCUAGGAAUCAAAGAUGUCAAAUCAGAAAGAGGAUUAAGUAAGGAGUUGUCACUCAAAUUGUGUAAACCUGCAUCCAAAAUAGCCAGAGAAUUGUUUCUUGCUGCAAUUACAUCCGAGAGGAAAAUUGAAUCCUUCAGUAUUAAUCAAGAAACAAAUGAUUAAGAGUUUGAAAAUAGAAUUAAACAUUUAAAUGAGAAUUUUACAAAUACUUAGAAAUGCAAUUGUCCACAGAUUUUGAUAGUUGAUGAUGAACAAAUCAACAUCAUGGCUUUGUCAAUGAUGCUGGAUCAAAUGGGCUAUGCAAGUGAUUCAGUAUUCAAUGGAGAAGAAUGUGUCAAUCUCAUCUUUAGUAAUCAAAAGAAAACCAAAUGUAAUAAAUGCAGGACUUAACAAUAUCGCAUGAUCUUCAUGGAUAUCAAUAUGCCUAUCUUAGAUGGAAUCCAAACCACUGUCAGAAUCAAAUCAAAAUAUGCUAAUAUUAUAGUUAUUGCAUGCACUGCCUUCUCUGACACAGAAACUCGCAACACUUGUUAUAAAAAUGGAAUGAGUUAUCACAUUCAAAAACCAGUCAAAAAAGAUUAACUAAUUGAAAUACUAUCUUAUUAUCUAAAUUGA